AUGCCCGGCGCAAGCGUUGCGGUCCUUCCCACUUCCGCUUCAUCAACACCGGCCUCGCGCAAGGCCUCACUCGCACCGGAACGCAAAUACAAGUGUCAGUUCUGCAACAGAGCAUUCAGCAGAAGCGAACACCGCAGCAGACAUGAACGCUCUCACACCAAGGAGCGUCCUUUCAAGUGCAUGAAGUGCCGGAGCACAUUUGUUCGUCGCGAUCUCCUCCUUCGACAUGACCGAACAGUUCACGCCAAAGAUGGUGGCGUCCCUCUUCAUAGCGACGGCAAGCGUCGCUCUGGUCCCAAGACGAGAGCCAUCGGCGGCCCUGCAAAGACACCCAUGCUUGACCAGUCGGCGAUAGAUCAGCUCGAAGCUGCUUCCCACGACGGCACUCUCGAUGUUGAGACCGCUGCGAUGCUCGUCGCGGACUUCCAGCACAAGGCCGCCGCCGGAGCCCGUUCCGCCGGGAGCAAUUACGAAGGUAGCCCAUCGAUGCCAUACUCGCCGCAUGCCAUGGAGCCCACCGUUGCUUACGCCAGCGGCGUCAUACCCGUCCCGCAAUGGGAGAGUUUCAUGUCACAGACUUCUGAGCCCAAGUCGCACUCCACUGCCUCCUCAGCGUCGGGCUCCUUUGAGUCUCAGCAAUCAUUCAACAGCGGGAGCACGAUGCAGCCUCGUAACGUUCAGCUGCCCCCAAUCAACGGCCAGACAUGCAACGGCCUCGUCCCGGCUCUCCAGUCCAUGAUCAACUCUUUGCCCAACUCCGGAGCUGGUACACCGGUGCCGCAGAGCCCCUACGCCAACGAGGCUACCAUGUCUUCCGCUGGUUUCUGCGCACCGCAGGUCGCAAGCGACGACGAGCGCAAUCUGAUUCUCGACAACAUUCGGGCCAACGACACUGAGCACGCCAUCCCCGAAGGCUUCCGUCUGCCCAGCUUGGCAUACUUGAACCGUUUCUUGUCGACAUACUUUGGGCUGUUCCACCACCACUUGCCAUUUCUGCACCCCGCAUCUUUCGAUUCAACCACGGUUUCCCCGGCUCUACUGCUCGCGGUGCUCAGUAUCGGAGCACUAUACGCUUUCGACCAGGACCAGGCGUACAUGCUCCACAUCGGGUCCAAGGUGCUCGUCAAUCAGUUCCUUCUUAACAAGGAGAACUUCAGCUCGCGCAAAUGCCCGCUGUGGACCAUGCAAGGCUCUCUGCUGAACAUGAUCUUUGCCAGCUGGAGCGGUGACCCGAAAGGACUCGAAUGGGCUUGCUCCAUCAAGAGCCUGCUCGCGAACAUGGUCGCCGGAAACAGGUACGAGCUGAAGCUCCGUCAGGAGGCUCGCGAGGGUGCUCAGCCAACCCGCAACGAAUGGAUCGAGGACGAGGGUUGCCGUCGUACCUACUACGCCGUCUACAUCUUCUUCGGCCUGCUCACUCUGACGUACAACCAUACACCUGCCAUCAGCUUCAACGAAUUCGAGGACUUGCAGCUCCCAUCUUCUGAAGCGCUCUGGAACAUCAGGGUUGCGGAUGAGGCCGCUUGGCAUGAGCGCUUGAAGCUGUCGCCCAUGUCUACCUUCAUGGAAGCGCAUGACAAUCUGUUCCAGGGAGAGACACUCAGGUACAGUGCGUUUGCGUCGCGGGUUAUGAUCAAUGCCCUGUUCCUCGAAGUGUGGUAUCACAAGCGGAGUCCGGAGGCUCUUCAAGACGUUGUGACUGAGUACAAGCUCCGACUUGCUCUCGAGACCUGGGAGAAAUCCCUAGAGCUUUGCGAGCCCGAGCAUGUCACGGUCCCGUUGAGCGCCCCUCACAAGGGUCACCCUCUUAUCUUCAACGCCAAGGCACUGUACCGAAAUGCGCGCGCUCGCCUGGAGGUCGAUCUGAAAUCCGUGCAGGAGGCACUGCGCUACCAUGAGUCGUACGAGGUCGCGGCGGCCAUGUCCCGCGCUCGGGAUCGGGUCAAGCGGUCCAGCGAGAUGAUCAAGGUAAUCCAAGAAUGCUACAACUGCAUUGAGAUUGCCGUGGUUCAGGGCGUGCGCUGGGUUGCACGCACGUCACCGACGAACUGGAGCGUUGAGCACGCCUUGUGUGGUCUAGAUUUGAUGAUCAUCCUGUCGCUGUGGCUCUAUCGUCUGGAACAUGACGACGAACCGGCGACUGAGGAAGAAUUGGCCAUGUAUAACAAGGUUCGGCAACUCUUCGAGAAGGACAACGACGAGGCGUACGCUUCUCAGAUCAGUUCCGUUGUUGCCAGACUGUGGGGCGGCAUGCUCGACGAGGUCGUCGUUUGGGGAAUUACCAGACUGAUGGGCGAAUCUUUCCGCCUGCACGCACAAGCACUUGUCGGCUACGUCGACGACAUGGAAGCGUCCUCAAGCGCCUCGACCCCCUCGAUGACAUCACAAGGGGCGGACGAGGACAGCGUGUACUAG